AUGGCACCGCAAAAGCCAGAAACCUUCAUGCUGAGCACCGAAGCGCAGCAAGCAUUGCCUCACGAUGCGCAGGUUGCACUUCAGCAAGUGGACAAUUUGAAAUAUUUCCUCAUUUCCGCACCAGUUGACUGGCAACCGGACCAGUACAUUCGCCGAUUUCUACUUCCUACUGGCGAGUAUGUUUCUUGUGUCCUGUGGAACAAUCUUUUCCACAUUUCCGGCACCGACAUUGUGCGAUGCCUGUCAUUCAGAUUCCAAGCAUUUGGCCGUCCAGUCAAGAACUCCAAGAAAUUUGAGGAAGGCAUCUUCUCUGAUUUGCGAAAUCUGAAGUCUGGUACUGAUGCGUCACUGGAAGAGCCAAAGAGUGCCUUCCUUGAUUUUCUCUACAAGAACAACUGCAUCCGAACGCAAAAGAAGCAAAAAGUUUUCUACUGGUACAGCGUUCCUCAUGACAGACUCUUUUUGGAUGCGCUUGAGCGAGACUUGAAGCGCGAGAAGAUGGGACAGGAAGCCACCACGGUGGCAGUAAGCGAGCCGGCAUUGUCAUUCCAAUAUGACUCUUCCCAGUCCUUGUAUGAACAGCUGACCAAGACGCAACAAGCCAACUCGUCUUCAUUCAAUGCCCAACAGAAUACGUCAUUUUCUCAAAGCCAGUCAACCUCCCCCGUGAUGAGAGCCAUGGAUUCCAUGCCACCACCAAGCAUGAUGCCUCAAACGAUGGCAGCCCCCAUGGGUGAAUCAAUGGACCACAUGGUCUCGUACGAAACCAUGCCUAUGGCUUCCGCAGUCCCCCAGCAAGUUGCUCAUGUCAAAAGAGAGCCCGACUUCACUCGUGUGCAGUACAACCAGAACGGGGUCCCGAUCACACAUGGCCAUCAAAGACAUGCGUCCAUGCCUGCCUACGGGUUGGAGUACUCUCCUGCCCCGUCUUUUGUUUCCUCCCAGUACGAGGAUUACAGCAACCGGGGCAUCUCCUUCGAGCCAAUUACACCACCCCAACAAGCCUUGGGCAUGACUGGCGAGCCGGCGUACAUUGCCAACGAGGAGACCGGCCUGUACUCUGCUAUUCCCGAUCAUCUUUCCGGUAUGAACUCAGGAUUGAAUGGAAUGGUUCAACUGCCACCUUCGAACUUGGCAGGAUCGCAAUUCACGCGCUCGUACGGCUCCAACAAUGUCUACUCUGUCAUUGAAGGAUCCCCAACGUACAAGCAAAGACGACGUCGAUCCUCCAUUCCACCAUCCAUGUCCGCCAUUCCCGGUGCGCCUGUUCCCAACACUGCAGCUCACCGGCCGUCUGAUUUGAGGCGAUCCGUGUCGGCCUCUGUCGGUCCUGUUGCCGAAGGCGAGGAAUCAGCUGAUAACUCGCCCCCCGGACUAUCCUACAGCGCCUCUGGCAUGUCUAUGGGCAGCCAACAGCACAAGGAUGUUAUGGAUUUGUCUCGACAUGGCACACCACUCUCCAACGUCGAUGGCAGUCCUGCAUUGAACCCCAUGGCUCUUCAGCAAGGCUUCGGGGACGAGCUUUCUCAUGAUGGAAUCAUCAAAGAUCACCGCCGCACCAUGUCUGGUCCAAGCGGUGUCAUUCGACGAGCUCGUUCCGCUACGGUUAUGGAACUUGGACCUUAUCCCCAUAAAUCUCAUUCUUGCCCAAUUCCCACUUGUGGCCGGCUCUUUAAGCGUCUCGAGCACUUGAAGAGACACGUGCGAACACACACGCAGGAGAAACCCUACAUCUGUCCUCACUGCAGUAAAGCAUUCUCUCGAUCUGACAAUCUUGCACAGCACAAGCGUACUCACAGCCGGGAAGAUGGGGGCGAAGGCCCUUUUAAUCUUUCUGCUGAAGAGGAGGAAGAGUACUCGGGCGAAGACCAGCUCGGCUCCCUCGAGGAGGCAUCUCCUACAUCCGAGGCCGCAUACGUUCCUGGGUCUCUCAACGCCGCCGCCAAUGAAGCCGUUUCAACGUCAAAUAAUGGCAACAACCCCAAUAGCAGCGUUAUGCACCACCAACCCCAGACUUUCAAUAGCUUGCAAACUCUCAGCAUGCCAAUGACAAUCAGCCAACCGACUACGAUUAACGCAAGCGGCAUGAUGUAA